AGCGCGCUCGCACCCUGCUCCGCUCGCCGCCGCCCUCGGCCCGGCGCCCGGCAUGUGAGCGCGGGCGGCCGCCGCCACCAUGGCCACGCCGCGCGCCCCGCGGUGGCCGCCACCGUCGCUGCUGUUGCUGCUGCUGCUACCGCUGCUGCUGCUGCCGCCCGCCGCCCCCGGGGCGCGGGGCUCCCUUCCCUCCCCGGCCCAUCGUACACUCCUCCCGGUCGCGGGACCGCUUUCGCCGCCUGGCGCCGGACAUACGGCCCCCGGACCGGUCGUCACGACCCGGCGGGGACGUUCCGGCCGUGUCCCCAGAGGCGUGAGCGCGGCCUUGGAGAGCCUUCCUGAGUCACCCAGCAGUUCCAGGUCACAAAGAAGAAUCACAUCUUCUCAAACAGAGAGUGGGACAUCCCUAGGCUUCCUGGAGAGGACGAGGGAGCUCCCAGAAGAAGGGACUGUGCACACGCAAGUGGCUGGCACCUGGGCUUCCCGCCAAGCCUCCCAUCCUGCUCUGGAACCUGGGGAGUCAACUGUGCUCUCCCAGAAGAGAAAUUCAUCCAGCCAGGAACACUCAGGGCCACCAUUCUCCUGGACUCAGAGUCACCCUCCUCCCUCAGACCACCCAUCAUCUUCUGGAAGUAUGAAGAGUGGUAAUCAUUUCACCGCUCUCCAAAACCCAUCAGUCACCCAGACAAAGAGCAUCCUUAUCACUGACACAUACACUAAUGGCGUCCCAAGAACUCUGCGGUCUCUGCCCGUCGGUGUGGACCCUGCAAAGGAGACAGAGGGUUUCCCUGAGCACUCCAGACUUGGUAUAACUUCAGUGUCAGUCCACUCUUCACUCUCUGUGAAGGACUCAAGGACAAACAGUGGACUAACUGAGCAUCUGGGAGAUGGAGAAGGCACUGAGCUGUCUACAGAAAAUGGAUAUGGACUUCCAUCUAUGCACUGGCAAAGUGAUGUCCCCCCCUUCGGAAGACAUCAGCUUGCCAGCAGCUCAGAAGCGGACGAUGGAAGGGCCAUGCCUCUGACUGAGACUGUGUUUAGAUCAGCCCCCUCCAUUGGUGGUGGAGAGAGCACCGGACGAUGGGUCCUCACCAAGAAGAAAACAUCCACAGAUGCGGCAGAAAGCUCAGCUUUGCAUCCAGAAGCUGGGGGCGCUGGGGGCCUGACUCAGUCCUCACACGCUGCACAACAGCCCCGAGGUGGUGGCGACGACUCAGGGAUGGGUGGGAGGAGUUAUACAGAGUCUUCAUCUUCUUCAUCUACAUCUUCUUCCGAAAGUCUGGAUUCCUCAGCACCUCUCAGAGAGCAUUCAUCUCUGGAAGAUGGUGCAAUGCUGAGUGACAGCUCCGAUCUGGCAGACAGCACUUUGGGGGCUCGCACACCUCACACGUCUGCAAUGUCCACCCGGAGCGGGGAGCGCACGCUGCGGUCCCUUGACCUCUCGAGUGCAGCGACCCGCCCUGCGCGCCCCACUCCACGCGGGAACGUGACAGAGCAUGCUGGCCUGCUGUCCGGGACACCAACUCUCGGAGUCACCGGACUUAGCUACACUCAAGAACAUGGCUCAGACGCUGGACAGAGGACUUCCAGUGACCACACAGACCACGCCUAUGUUCCGUCUACUUUCACCAAAGGAGAACGGACGCUACUGUCUAUUACAGAUAACACCUCCUACUCAGAGGCCAGCGAGAGCUCAACCUCUUCCGUUAAGAUCUCAGACGCUCCUUCUCAGGCUCAGCCUAAACAGAGUAGCAUGUCCUCCGACGAUGAUGAGCCUGCUCAGUCUUCCACAGAGCCACCAGUUCUGCAUACGUCCAACCUGCCAACCUACAUGUCCACUGUUAAUAUGCCAAACACCUUGGUUCUUGAUACCAGUACCAAACCUGUUGAGGACCCAUCCUAUUCAGGGGUGCCUUCCACUCAACCCUCACCGUCACAACCCCAGCCAUUCUCAUCAGCCUUACCAUCAACCGGGUCUCCUGGGUCUACCUCUGAGACAACCACAUCCUCACCAUCACCUUCACCCGUCUCCUUACUGGUGUCAACUCUUGCCCCAUAUUCUGUCUCACAAACAACCUUCCCACAUCCAUCUUCUACCCUAGUCGCUCACAGGCCAAGGGAGCCACGUGUGACUUCUGUCCAAAUGUCGACGGCGAUAUCAGCCAUUGCAUUGAUCCCCAGCAAUCAAACAGCAAACCCCAAGAACCAGAGUACCCCACAACAAGAGAAACCCAUCACAGAAGCUAAGUCACCAAGCUUGGUGUCUCCGCCCACAGACUCUACCAAAGCAGUAACAGUGAGCCUUCCUCCAGGGGCCCCUUGGUCCCCAGCCUUAACAGGGUUCUCCACAGAGCCAGCCCUUCCAGCCACAAGCACCAGCUUAGCCCAGAUGUCUCCAGCUUUGACAUCUGCCAUGCCCCAGACGACUCACUCUCCUGUGACCAGUCCCAGUACUCUGUCACAUGUAGAAGCUUUGACUCCAGACGCUGUAGUUGUGCACACUACCCCGAAGAAACCACAUCUCCCAACCAAUCCUGAAAUCCUAGUGCCACACAUCUCAACUGAGGGGGCCAUCACCACAGAAGGGAGCCGGGAACAUACGGAUCCUACCACUCGGCCAAUCCCUCCGACCACUUCAACCACGUCAGCAGGAGAAAGGACCACAGAGCUGGGCCGCGCGGAAGAGUCCAGUCCAUCACAUUUUCUUACACCGUCUUCACCUCAAACCACAGAUGUUUCUACAGCUGAAAUGUUGACUUCCAGAUAUACCACCUUUGCUGCUCAGAGCACCCCACAGUCACCAACAGCCUUGUCACCUCUAACCCCAGUCAACAGCUGUACCGUGAACCCUUGUCUUCAUGAUGGCAAAUGCAUUGUGGACCUCACUGGCCGUGGGUAUCGAUGUGUGUGCCCGCCUGCCUGGCAGGGGGAGAACUGCAGUGUGGAUGUGAACGAAUGUCUCUCCAGCCCCUGUCCUCCCCUAGCCGCGUGCAACAAUACUCAGGGAUCAUUCACCUGCAGAUGCCCAGUCGGGUAUCAGUUGGAGAAAGGAAUAUGCAAUCUGGUUAGAACCUUCGUGACCGAGUUUAAGUUAAAGAAGACUUUUCUCAAUACUACUGCAGAAAACCAUUCCAACACUCAUGAGCUUGAAAACGAGAUCGCUCGAACACUAAACGUGUGUUUUUCAACAUUGCCCGGUUAUAUCCGAACUGCAGCCCAUGUGUCUAGGGAGCCCAGUACAGUGGUCAUCUCACUGCAAACCACCUUUGCCCUGGCCUCCAAUGUGACACUGUUUGACCUGGCAGACAGGAUCCAGAAAUAUGUCAACUCCUGCAGGUCCUCUGCUGAAGUCUGCCAGCUCUUGGGGUCUCAGAGGCGGGUCUUUCGAGCGGGCAGCUUGUGUAAGCGGAAGAGUCCAGAAUGUGACAAAGAGACCUCCAUCUGCACCGACCUGGAUGGCGUCGCGCUCUGUCAGUGCAAGUCUGGCUACUUCCAGUUCAACAAGAUGGAUCACUCUUGCCGAGCAUGUGAAGAUGGAUAUAGGCUUGAAAAUGAAACCUGUAUGAGUUGCCCAUUUGGCCUCGGUGGACUCAACUGUGGAAACCCCUAUCAGCUCGUCACCGUGGUGAUCGCAGCCGCAGGAGGUGGCCUCUUGCUCAUCCUGGGCGUGGCACUCAUUGUUACCUGUUGCAGAAAGAGUAAAAAUGACAUAAGUAAACUCAUCUUCAAAAGUGGGGACUUCCAAAUGUCCCCAUACACCGAUGCCCCCAAGAAUCCUCGCUCGCAAGAGUGGGGCCGAGAAGCCAUUGAAAUGCACGAGAACGGAAGCACCAAAAACCUCCUGCAGAUGACAGACGUGUACUACUCGCCCACAAACGUAAGGAACCCUGAACUUGAACGCAACGGACUGUACCCAGCCUACACUGGACUGCCCGGAUCGAGACACUCUUGCAUCUUCCCGGGACAGUAUAACCCAUCUUUCAUCAGCGACGAGAGCAGGAGGAGAGAUUACUUCUGAGUCGAGGAGACAGAGGGGGCCCCGUGUCUCUGAGCCACUUCCCCGGACAUCUGGCUCAGAGCACUACACCCCAAAAGGGAGCACCAUGCACUAGCUGCUCCUGGGACUCCACUGAGCCACGCUUGAGGGGCGUGGCCACAGUGGAAGGGAAAGACGGAGGCGGAACUGCAGGCCACUCGUUUCAGCACUGUUGUUAACUGUGAACAGGGUCGUGGGCCAGUACCGAGUCUCUGAAUGCCUGACACAACACGUAGAAUGGAAUGCCUUCCAUAACAGACCACUAGGCUACAUUUCCAGGACCCAGUUUCCCUUUAAUUUGCACUUUAAUAGAUUGGGCAGGGACACUUCAUUCUGGACCCGUUUCCAGAGUAUUCCAAAAAGCCUUUCUUUCCGAGAACACGUCCGCAGGCCUGUUUGGCGACUGAUUGGCAGCCAGGAGCUGGCACUUUUGUUUUCCUGCCUGGUGCCUUGUUGGAGGUAAACGGACCACUGUGACGUAGAGGCCUAGCAGGCGCUGCAGUCAGGUGCAUAGUAUUUUAAGGUUUCUAGAUUGUCUGUGCUCAUUUCCAAGCCAAUGCCAUAAAUGAGACCUUGACAUUUGCAAGGCUCAUCACAAAGCUUUUUUAUGUCAAAGUGACACAUUUGCUCACAAUGUAUUAGUUUUACUUUCCCAAGCAAGUAUGAAUGGGGCAAAACAACAUUCCUUUGAAUUUCCUUAGAAGCAUCCAGGUGUCCCUUAGUGUGUCCCAGCAGGGCAAUAUCAGUCAGGUCCUACAUGUGGUGAGGUGUUUUUGACCCAUGGGGGAAUUGCAUGGGGCCUGAGGCUCUAACCAUCAACGUGGAGCCAGAGUCUGCAGGGUGUUGUUGAAAAAGGAGAGGCAGUUGCAGGUGUGUCUGAGCUGGUGUCUCAACUCCGGAGUCAGCUGUAGGCCCCACAAUUGGGCAGAGGAAUGAACCGAGUAAACUGAUACAUUCCCCGAACUCCAGUGCAGAAGUUGGGGGCUCCCCCAAGAAGAAUGGGGAGCUAGGAGGAAGCCACCGGCAAGGAUGCAUGCCUGCCAAUCUUCCAACCCAUAAUGUUGCCCACCAACUCAACAGAAACUUUUAACCACUUAAAACUAUUUAUUCACUGAGGAGAGGACUUACUUACUCUCACCCAGCCAUUGAUGCAUGUGUGUUCUUGGGCAGUGUCCCCUCAAGACUCCCCUAUGACCCGAGUCAGCUUUGGAGAACUAAAGGCUGGCCAGCUAAGGGUCUGAGGGCUUGCUUUGGGGGAAGGAAGUUCUGUGUUUUGCUUAUUGUAUUGUGAGAUCCUGGGCAGUGGGAGGACUAUGUGGUGUUUGGUCCCCUGUGGAACUAUCAGCUUGUGAGAUGUCCUGGGUUUGGAUGAGGUGAAGAGGUCAAAGCCUUAUCCCCACCCAGAUGAUGGGGACUCCACAGCAUAUAUUUCUGGAAAUGGGACAGCUGUUAGAAAUGGUUCUGUAUGUGUUUCUUUGAUGUUCUCUGAUUCCUCUAAAAUUUAUGAAGGCCCCCAUCCUCUUUUAAGUGUAUCUUGUGUCCCAUGGUCUGGUGACAUGUGUCACCGAUGGACUGUCACCACUCACUCUUACCUCCUACAGCAGGACCGUUUAGUCAGGUACAGAGGAUUUUAACCAUGUUACUACAUUCAUAGUACAGAGGAUUCUGUUGCUCUUGGUUGAUGUUAACUUAAAGUUGCAAAGCAUCGCCAUCUAGAAGCCAUGGGUCUUGUUUGUGUCUCUGUGUGGAACCAAUGGUUCCUUGUGUCAUUGUGAGCCCCUGUGCUCUGCUUGCCUGAGCCCAGAUCCCUUUCGAGGUAACCAGGUUCUAGCCCUUCUGGCAGUAUUCCUGCUUGUCCCAGGCCUCAUUGCUGUGGGAAGAGCCAGUGUGGUGGCUGUUCCCAGACACUUCUAAUGUCUUCAGCUGGCAGCACAGCUGGUGAACACCUGUGUAGGGGGGCAGACUCCCAGGUGGUGAGUCAGGAGUACAGGGCCAGGAGCCUCAAGCCCCACAGAAUGAAGUACUCUGUUCCUGGGAAGAAUUCCAACAUCCAGAAAAGUGUCCUGUGAGUUCCAAAAUUGCUUGUUGACUCACAAGUUUGGCCCAAAUAGAACGGAGUGAAAGUGUUCAUUUUGUUCUUUUUUUACUGUGAAAAACACCAGGAGAGCCCCCAAACAAGGGUGCAUUCACACUGGGUCUACCGUUUGUAGGUAGGGGAGAAGCUUGCGGUAGAAAGGCCUCUGCCCGCCAUUGGGAUGAAGGGGAUAUGGCUACUCUCCUACUUGGGGUUACAUCCAGAAGGAGCCCCAAGAGGACACCAGCAACCCAUGAGCAGAACAGACAGGCUGAGCCCACACCUGGACAUGCAGAGUCUUUGCUAGACAGAAGUGCUCAGAAUGGAUAAUUUGUGUGCAUAAAAGUGUCACAGUCCUGAAUUGGGCUCCCAUGACAAGGGAAGUAGGCAGAAGGGAAAAGCUACACUGCCUAGGAGAUGAUAGAAUGGAGAAGAUCCAGGCCAGGUAGAACUUGUUUAUCCUGGGGGCAUCAGGAACAGGGCUAAGAAAGGGAGGGUCUUCCUAGAUCCAGCCUGAGCUCUCUAAAACUCCAAGGUUUUUGGGUUUUGUUGUUAUUUGUUGUUUUCUUUUUUCACUUCAUGAGCCAGCUCAUGACUACUGGGGCCUAUUUCUUAGGAGGAUAAAUAGCAUCAUGUGUUCCCACCAUGGUCCUGGCUCUAUGCAUGUAAGGUAGGUAUCUGGCCUUACAGCAUGUGGGUUAGCCAGUGCUGAGCACUCAGAGAAGAGGCGUGGGAAUGUAGCUUCGGUGGCAGACUGCCUGCUUAGCAUGUAUAACACCCUGGGGUUUAUCCUUGGAACCACAUAAGCAGGGCAGAGUGGGACACUCUUGGAACCCCAGCCCUCAGAAGGUAGAGGCAGGAGGAUCAGGAGUUCAAGGCCUUCCUGAAGAACAGGACAACCUCUCUUUAAAAAAGGGAAAUACUGGCAGGUUUGUGGUUGGCAAGAGGCAUAUUGGUACGUGGCUUGGGCCCUCAGAAGUGAAAGGGGGUGGUCUAGGUGGGUUUUUGACAUGCACAGCCAGGCUGAGGCAACCGUGAGGGCUGCCUGCCUUAUUCUCAGACUCCCACCUAGUAGAAGUGUGAACCUAUGUGGGCUGGGGGCGGAGUUGAGUGUCUGAGGUGCUGAGUGAUCUUAACUAGGGAGGUUGCUUCUAGAAGUGUCUAAGUCAUGUUGAACCAGAACUACUGUACAGUUAGAGCAGUCAAGCUGCCUGGUGGUAUUUGAGGUCAAAGACUGAGAGCUGACUAUUAGACUAUUGUGGUCUAAAAGAGGAAGUCAUAAAAGACGGCCCGUAGAGGAGAGCAGUGUUGUUGGAAAGAGACUGGAGGAAAGUCUUCCAAGAUGCUGUCUAUUCAGGUGUGAAGUUCCAGAGUGGGCAGGUUAGCAUCACUAACGUGUGUAGCCUUUGGGUGCUUCCUUAAGCCACUUUGCCUAGUAGUGACCUGUGUGGGUCUCUAUAACUGUGGGGCUUUGCCCAAAGCAGUAAAGCUGUACAGCCAAGUUGCCUUUGGCUUAGUGUUUCAUAACACACUCAAAACUAGGGGCUUUACCCGUAUUUCUAAAUUUAUGUUGAUUUUUCUUUUGAGACCAAAGCAAUUCUUUGGGUAGAAGGACAAUACAAGGUUUUGCAUUUUGAUAUUUUAUUUAAAACAGUCCAUUACAGCAGAUAGAAAUAUUUAUUUAUCUGAAAGCUCUUUUUCUUCUUCUGUUUCUAUGGGAGGGUAGAGUCAGGAGUGGACCCCAGGGCCUUGCACAUACCAGACAAGUGCCGCCCCGUGGAUCUGCACACCCCGCAGCCCUCUCAUAUCUUCUUGACAGUAUCAGUCCAAGGUUCUAGUCUUGUUCCAGCAUGUUUGGUUACGGAAAUGGUUCUGUAGUUUGCCUUUAGGAAUGUCUCUUCUCUUCUCUUCUCUUCUCUUCUCUUCUCUUCUCUUCUCUUCUCUUCUCUUCUCUUCUCUUCUUUUUUCUCAAAUCCCCAAAGGGGAAAACACAAUAGGAACAUUGAAGUUAAAAUAAUCACUUUAAACUCUUUUUAAAAUAACUGGUUAAUAUAAUAGGGAUAUUAAAGUAUUAAAUGUCAAUCAAUUCAUUGUACUUCAGUGUCUCCACAAGGUCACAUCCCUUUAUGUCUGUUGCAAACUUUAGCCUGCACAGUAGCCUGUGAAACCAAAGGGGAAGCAUUUAGGUCUGAAAGGAGGCAGGUCCUGGCCUGCCUCUGUCACAUGGGCAUCUUCAAAGAAAACAUUUCCAGUGGGGCUGCCUGGUAGAUUCUGCUAUAAUUUUAAAUGAUGGGCUCAAUGUUCUUGUUCUGAAUUGUUGAGGAAUGUGUGUUCCUCAACAGGGUAAAAAAUAGUGAUGGGACGGAGCCAGUUUGUCAGGGGAACUGAACCGACUCCCUUAACUUUGGGCAUUACCUAGGCCUGCUCUACAGAGAAAAGGACAGUUCGCCAUGAGUUGCUGUGACGUAUGUGUGUUGCUGGUGUUACAGGUAAAUGGGGAUGAGGCUGCAGUACAAACUCCGUUCUGUUUGUCCUGGAUCUUGUUCUGUAUACCUUUAAUGCUGACACCCAGGUUGACUGUGUGAGACCCAUCAUGAGAAUGUUAUUUAAAGUUGUAUUAUAAUGUCACCUCCAAUAAUUAUUCAGUACUGUAGUAGCAAUGUGUUAUUUGUAAGAAUUUGGUUAUUUUUAUACUUAUAUCCACCCUAAGUCUGGCGUUCUAGUCAGCAAACAAUGAUGCAAUAAAAUUAGUAAGACUCCCAUUGGCUUUCUCUUACAACAAGCAAA